AUGACGAGGGCCUCCCUUCUAUGUUUUCUCCCACUACUCAACCACCAAUUCAAAACUUCAAACCUCUCCGCCAGUCCCACAGCCACAAGCAAGCAAGCAAUAUUUCAAUUACUCUUCCUCCUAUUCUUUUUCACAUCUCCCCACCUCACUCAAUCUUUGAACCUAGAGGGCCUUCUUCUUCAGCAAGUCAAGCACAGCCUCACUGACCCGAGUCGUUCCCUCGCUUCAUGGAACGACCAAGAUGACACCCCUUGCAACUGGACAGGCCUUAAGUGCGACACGUCGACUCGCCGGGUCAUCUCAGUCGACCUCUCCAACUUCCAACUCGAGGGCCCUUUUUCCACCUUCUUUUGCCGCCUUCCUUCUCUUUCCAACCUCACUCUCUCCAACAACUUUAUCAACUCUUCCCUCCCCGUUGGCAUCUCCACAUGUCAAAAUCUCAAGCUCCUCAACCUGUCCCAGAACUUCAUAGAGGGUCCCAUCCCGGGAGCUCUCUCUCGAAUCCCAAAUCUCAGGGUUUUAGACCUUUCUGGUAACAACUUUUCGGGCGAGAUUCCUGCGAGUUUCGGAGAGUUUCGCCGACUCGAAACGCUAAACCUGGUUAACAAUUUUCUAAACGGGUCGAUACCCAUUUCAUUGGGGAACAUUUCCAGGCUGAAAGAGCUUGGACUCGCUUACAACUCGUUCUCGCCGAGUCACAUACCGAGUCAACUCGGCAACCUGACGAGUCUCGAGGUACUUUAUCUCAGUGGGUGUAAUCUCAAAGGUUCGAUUCCGGACAGUCUCAGCCGGUUGACUCGCCUGCAGAACCUCGAGCUUUCCUAUAACAAACUCACCGGCUCAAUCCCCAACUCAUUGACCGAGUUGAAAAGCAUUCUCCAAAUCGAGCUGUACCAGAACGCGCUUUCCGGUGAGUUACCUUCGGGGUUGUCGAACUUGACAAAGUUGUUGAGAUUCGACGUUUCGAAGAACGAGUUGAUCGGGACGAUCCCGGAUGAGUUGUGCGGGUUACAACUAGAGUCACUGAAGCUCUCCGAGAACCGGUUCGAAGGGUCUCUACCCACUAACAUAACUCAAUCUACAAACCUGUACGAACUGACACUCUUCAACAACAGACUCACUGGCUCACUACCAAGUGAACUCGGCAAGAACUCGUCGUUGCAGAUCCUUGACGUUUCCUCCAAUGGAUUCUCAGGUGGGAUUCCAAGCCAUUUGUGCGAAAAUGGUGCCGUAACAGACCUUAUUUUGUUUAACAAUUCAUUUUCGGGAGAGAUUCCAGAGAGUCUUGGAAAAUGCCAGAGUUUAUACCGGGUUCGGUUGACGCACAACAAUAUUUCGGGUACGAUUCCAAGGACUUUGGUGAAGUUGAGUGAAUUGGUUACGCUUGAUCUUAAUGAUAAUGAGCUUUCUGGCGAUAUUCCUGUGGGAAUUCAAGGUUGGAAGAAGCUCAUUGAGCUUAAUUUGGCAAACAAUAGGUUCUCUGGUGAGAUCCCAGAUGAAAUUGGGAGCCUGCUGGUGCUUAAUUAUCUUGAUCUUUCCGGAAAUAAUUUUUCCGGGAUAAUCCCACCUGAAUUGCAAAAUUUGAAGCUCAAUUUUCUGAAUUUAUCGAAUAAUAGGUUGUCCGGCGACCUCCCUCCUCUCUAUGCAAAUAGGAAUUAUAGGAAUAGCUUUGUGGGCAAUCCGGGCUUGUGUGGUGACCUUCCUGAUCUUUGUCCUAGGGUAGGUGGAAGUAAGAAACAUGGGAAUUUUUGGAUUCUUCUAAAGAUCUUUGUGCCUGCGGGCAUUGUUCUUAUUGUUGGGAUUGUAUUGUUUUGUUGGAAGUACCGAGCUGUAAAGAAGAACAAGAAAGAAAUUGCUGUAGAAAUUGCUAUGUCGCCAUGGAAGGAGUUCCAUAAGCUUGGCUUUAGUCUGUCUGAAAUUAUGGAUUGUAUUGAUGAAAAUAAUGUGAUCGGUAGGGGAGCUUCCGGAAAAGUUUAUAAGGCUGUGCUUAGUAAAGGUGAGACGGUGGCAGUAAAGAAACUAUUCAGAGGUGGCGGUGAAAAUUCAGAGAAGUAUGGGUUUGAAGCUGAAGUUGAAACAUUGGGAAAGAUUCGGCACAGGAAUAUUAUGAGGUUAUGGUGUUGUUAUGACUAUUUGGAUUGCAAACUUCUGGUUUAUGAAUACAUGCCUAAUGGGAGCUUGGGAGAUUUGUUGCAUCGUAGCAGGAGAGGCUUGUUGGAUUGGCCGAAAAGGUAUCAGAUUGCUCUGGAUGUAGCUCAAGGGCUUUCUUAUCUGCAUCAUGAUUGUGUACCACCUAUUAUUCAUAGGGAUGUGAAAUCAAACAAUAUAUUGAUAGAUGGAGAGUUUGGGGCUAAAGUUGCAGAUUUUGGAGUUGCUAAAGUUGUUGCAGUAGCUGGCCCAAGGGGGGUAUCCAUGUCUGUGAUUGCAGGCUCCCCAGGUUACAUUGCUCCAGAAUAUGUUCAAACACGUCAUGUGAAUGAAAAGAGCGAUAUCUAUAGCUUUGGAGUGGUCAUUUUGGAGUUGGUCACAGGUAGACUCCCAAUUGAUCCUGAGUUUGGGGAUGAAGGCUUCAUAAAGUGGGUGUCCACCACCUUGAACCAGAAAGGAAUCGACCAUGUAAUUGACCCUAAACUUGAAUCCAAGUACAAAGAAGUGAUCAGCAAAAUUCUUGACAUUGGCCUUCUUUGCACUGGCUUACUUCCUAUUAGCCGCCCUGCAAUGCGAAAAGUGGUUAGAUUGCUGCAGGGAGUAAGCGCAGAUAAAAAGUCCAACAGAGUUUACAGGGAUGGGACAGGCUCCCCUUAUUACCAGGGAGAGGCGUCUGAUCAAGCAGGAAAGUUCUCCCCCGAUUACCAUGGAGAGGCCUCUGAUGAAGCAGUGUUGAUCUCCCGUACCUGCCACACCUUUUGAGAGGAGAAAAAUACAUUAGUAAAAGU